AUGAGGAGGAAGCCGGCCCUCUGCCAGCGCCGAAGAGGAGCUGUGUCGGAGCGAAGAGCCGCUUGGAUCCACACCCUCCCCCAUCCUCCCCCAUCCUCCCCCGUCCUCCCCCCGUCCUCCCCCGUCCUCCCCCAUCCUCCCCCCGCCGUGGCCGCCAGCGCGCGUCUGUAUUCUCACCUCGGGCUCUUGGAUUUGGGCUGUGAUUCCGGUGAUGAGGCCGAGGAGGUGCUGUCAGCGGAGUGCGAGUGUGAUCUCACUAAUGACCUCCGCUCAGGCCAGAGGAGCAGGAGCAGUCGUAUUGACUGCCGGCCCCCGGGGGUCGUUCGCGCCCACAUUAUUGCCCUGAUUGAGCUGCAGACGAGGCUCCAGCUCCUCUCCCCAUCUCUGCUGUCACUCACAAACACUCAUCUGUUUUGGGUUGUUACCGCGGCGAUGAGAGACGGGGAACCUGGUUGUUACCGCGGCGAUGAGAGAGGGGGAAACUGGUUGUUACCACGGCAAUGA